AUGGCAGAAACAACAAUCGAAAAACUUUCCCAGCUAUCAGUAAAUUGUGAAGAAAACAAAGAAAAUAGAAAUGAAAUGAACAGUUCAGAAAACAACACUGAAACUAAAACAUCUGACCAAUCCAAUAGUUCCGCCCAAACCAAUAACGAGGAUAGACAAGGUGAACAAAGAAGAAAAAAGGUUUAUGCAAAUUUUCAUCUAUUAAAUAAAGAUGGCACUGAUAGAGGUAUCUUUGAAAUGAAAAGAUCCAAAAUCACAAUCGGAUCUGAUUCAGACCAAUCAGAAAUUUAUAUUACAAGACCUGAAGUUUUUCCAAGACACGCUGAAAUUGUAUUUGAUAAAAAAAAGAAGAAGUUUUUUUUAGUACCUCUUAUCGAUCCAAAGGUUUCCGAUACAAUUAGAAUUAAUUUUGUACCAUUUAUUUAUAAGAAAGAAGAACUCGGUGAUGGCGAUAUUGUCACAAUUGGCUUUAGAUCAUUUAGAAUUGAAUUCUUAGCAAAAACUGAAAUUGAUCUCUAUACUCAACCAACAACAGACUAUCACUUCAAUAUUAAUAACUUUAUUACCUCUGGCGGCAAAAGAAUUUCAAUCAUUAAAAAUAAAAUAUCCACUGACCAAACCAAAUCCACUUCAAUUGCCUCUACUCCAGUUUCAUCAUCAAGCCUAGUAUCUUCAAAACUAGCCUCUUCGACAUCAAACUCCAUUGCUUUACCAUCAUCCUCCUCAUCAUCAUCCUCCGCCAAAACUUUAAAUCAAACUGCCAAAGCAACAACUGCCGCUACCGCCGCCCCAAUUAAAGAUUCUAGAAAUACAUCCCAAGAUCUUUUAAAACAAUUAAACACCAACAGAAAUCUAUCUCAAGUAAAAAAAUCUUUAUACAAAACCACUACUCCAAUCACCACCACUACCGUUACCACCACCACUAAAAAGAGUAUCAAUGAUGAAGACUAUGGAGACUCUGAAAGUGAAGAGGAAAAAACUACCUCUAAAUAUAACGAAGAAAGUGAAAAAGAGGAAGAAGAAGAUGAAGAAGAAGAACAACAACAACAACAACAACAACAACAACAACAACAACCACAGCAACAACAACAACAGCAAAAACAACAACCAAGAAAAAAUGUAGAAAAACAAAAAUAUCAAAGUGAAAGUGAAAAAGAAGAGGAAGAAGAAGAAGCUAAUGUUAGUCAAAGUGAAGAAAAACACGCAGAAGAAUCAAAACCAAAAUCAACAAAGAAUACAAACAUUACCCCAACUAUUCCAGGCAGUCCAAAUGUUAGCAUAAACACAAAACUCUUUAAAAAGCAAGAUAGUAAAAGAUAUUUGCCACUUGGAAGCUCAAGAACACGUUUAAAUGUACCAUCAACACCUACAACAAUCAUUACAGUUAAAAAAGAAGUUAAAGUAAAAACCCCAAAACAAGAAACCAUUGCCGCAAAACCCAAGGCCAAUACCGAUAAUAUGGUUUCAAAAGGUAAAGGUAAAACUGGUGCAAAAUCUAAAAAACAAACCUCAGAGGACUAUGACGAUCACGAUGAUAUAUCCGUACCAAGCAGCCAAGAAUCAGAAUUUGGUUGUGGCAAAAAACCAAAUUACUUCAAGCCAAUUUCUUUUGCCAAAGCAAAAAAGAUUACCCAUGAAUAUAGAAAACAAUUCGAGAAACCAGUCCACCAGCAAGAUUUCGACCAAUCAAGCAAAACAAAGCAAAACAUAUUGAAAGCUCUCCUUAUUGCAAGCUCACACAGAUGGACCUACAAAGAAGACCAAACAAUAGUAAUGAGUCUUGCAUACUACUUUGAACAGAUUCCAAGCGUUAGCCAUUUUGAUGCCGAAUUUCUUCAAAGAUACUAUAGCUUAGUCGAGAACCCAAUAUCAAUUAAAGCAAUCUUAAACAAAAUGAGACAAGAAGAUUACACUACAAAAUCAUUCCUCAAUGAUUUUGAACUUAUAAAACUCAAUGCUAUAAAAUACCAUGGUCAAGUCAAUGAUGUUCUUUGGGCUUUUUAUAAACUUAAAUUAUAUCUCUUCCAAUCACUCUGUAAACUCUCUAUCAUUAGCCAAAACGAAUUUAAUGAAUAUCAAAAAGAACACAAUACCCAAAUUAAAAUGCUCGAAUCCAAUUUAUUAGACUUACCAAUAAUGACCGAUUUAGAGGAAACCAAACCCACCCAACUUAUAGAAACCGACCCAACAACAACUCCAAAAAAGAAACCAUUAAUUAGAAAAAUUAUUAAAAAAGAUAAUGACGAACCACAUAAUGAAGAUAAUAAAGAAAGCGACGAAGAAAACGAAAGUGAACAAGAACAAGAAGAAGAGGAAGAAGAGGAAGAGGAAGUAAAUGAAGAAAACGAGGAAGAAAACGAAUUGGAAAUUAGUAAUGAAGUUGGUAAAGAUAAUCAAGACUCUGAAGAUGAAUAUGAAGAGUAUGAUGAAGACCAAGAUCUUAUUGUAGAUGAUGAAGACGAUUUAGUUGAAAGAGAUCAAAAUAGUGACAGCGAAGAUGAUUAAAAUAUAAUAAACAAUACAAAUAAUCAAUAAAAAAAUUAAUAAAAAACAAAAUUAAAAUAUUUAGUUAUAUUUUAAUAACUAUUAAUAUAACUAUUGAAAAAUAACAUUUUAUAAAUAAAUAAAUAAAAAAAUUUAAAACAAUU